GUUAUUUGGUAGAAUAUAGUAAUCUAGUGAGAUUUCUUACUAGGUAUGUGUGUAUAGUGAUAUCUAUUUUAUUGAUAUAUGUUCUGCGGGGUUAACCUUGGUGCCCUUUCUCAAGACAAUUCGGCACUAGGUAUAUAUACUGUACUAAAAGAUUCCUUUUCUCGAAUUGUAAUAUUUUGUUGGACUGUAACUCUGGCCUUCACCGAUAACAGCUGCCAGGUGCCAUAGCUAGAAAACUGGAUAUUUGCCUGUUGCUUUAGAAAUGGUUGACCAUUUUCCGGGGCUAGCUCUUAGUUUACGUCUGAAUGCCGAGAAGUAAAUAUGACGCAAGAUAAUACAUCGCAUCUAUUAUCAUCUCAAGCCUCCGUAAUUACUUUAUUAAAAUAUGAUUUUGUUCAUCAAACAUUCUUAUCUAAACCUUAUUAAAUUAUAAACGACAUCCGAGCAGGCGUUACGUCAGUAGGCCCCGAGACGCCCAUAAAUAAACAAGUCUGUAGACAAUUAAAACAAAAUAAACCAUGUUAGAAAAUGCGACACAGAGGACUCGCAAACAUGGCGUGGUGGGGAACCCCAACGAAGACGAGCCCAGGACUGAAAUGACGUACGACGACCUAGUGUCGUCCGCCGGCGAGUUCGGCCUCUACCAGACUGUCCUGUUCGUCUCGACAUUCCCGUUUUACGUAUUCGGAGUGGUGUCGUACUUCGAGCAACUGUUCAUCACAGAAGUGUCGCCCAACCACUGGUGCCGCGUGCCGGAGCUGGCCAACCUGACGGCGCUGCAGCGGCGCGCACUCGCCAUCCCCGCGGACGAGACGGCGCGCUUCGGGUACUCGCAGUGCUCGGCGUACGUGGCCGACUGGAGCGCCGAGCUGGCGGCCGGCCGCGCCGCGCCCGACCCCGCGUGGCGCGCGGAGCCGUGCGCGCACGGCUGGGAGUUCAACGCGUCCGAGAUCCCCUACCCCACCAUCUCCAGCGAGCUGGGCUGGGUGUGCGACAAGGACAGCUACCAGGCCACCGCGCAGUCCAUCUUCUUCGUGGGCUCCAUCGUGGGCGGCCUCGUCGUGGGCUGGAUCGCGGACCGCUAUGGGCGCCUGCCGGCCGCCGCCGUCGGGACCGUGGUCGGGGGCAUCGCCGGCGUCGUCAGUAUAUUCGCCCGGGACUUCGUGGAGUUCGCCGUCUGCAGAUUCUUUAUGGGGAUGUCUUGGGACAGUUGCAUGUUGAUGGUGUACCUCCUGGUGUUGGAGUAUGUCGCGCCGAAGUACCGGUCGCUUAUAGCGAAUUUGCCUUUUGCCAUUUUUUAUACUUCGGCCGUCGUAUCGUUGCCGUGGAUAGCUCUCGCUUGCAAUGAUUGGAAAACGCUUUCUCUGGUGACCUGUAUACCGAUGAUAUUCGCGAUCCUGACGCCGUUCCUGAUGCCCGAGAGCCCGCGGUGGCUGCUGUCCGUGGGCCGAGUGGACGACGCGAUAAAGAGAAUACAGAGGAUCGGCGAAGUUAACAAAAAGGAAGUGCCGGCGAAACUGAUAGAACAAUUUAAGAUUUGCUAUUCACAAGAUGAAGAAACGAACACUAGUGCUGUAGAUUUUUUUAAGAGGCCCUUGUUAAGAAAUAAUAAGUUCGUAUGCAUGUGUGUAGGCUACAUGUGCUGCACGAUCGUAUUCGACGCCCUGGCUAGAAGUGUAGGCCAGUUAGAUUACAACUUCUUUGUGUCGUUUACGGUGAUAUCGUUUACGGAGUUUCCGUCGCUCUGUUUAGUGUCGUUCGUGCUGGACUGGACGGGGCGCAAGUGGAUGUCCGUGGUGACGUUCAGCGUGUCGUGCGUGUUCAGCCUGCUGACGGUGGUGGUGGGCGGCGGACUGGCGGCCGUGCUGGCGGCGAUGGUGGCGCGGUUCGCCGUCAACAUCACCUUCAACACGACGAUGCAGUGGGCGGCGGAGAUGCUGCCGACGCCCGUCCGCGGCUCGGGCAUGGCGGUGGUGCACAUCUGCAGCUACGUGGCGACGGUCAUCUCGCCGUUCAUCGUGUACUCGGAGGUGUACUACGCGUGGCUGCCGAUGGCGCUGGUGAGCGGCGUGGCGGCGCUGGGCGCGCUCAUGGUGCUAGGCCUGCCGGAGACGGCGGGCAAGGUCUUGCCGCACACAUUAGACGACGCGGAAACUUUAAUCCGGGAAUCAAAGUUUUUUGAAGUGCAGUGUCUAAAUAAAAAACAAACAAGUAUUUCAGGCAACGAAAAUAAUUCCUUUGAAAUGUAAUCACACUAUCUGCAUCUAAUGAUGAUGUUGAUACACCUCAUCAGAAACAACAUACAAUACUAUUUUAAAUUAACACGUUUUAUGCUUAAAUAAUAAGAUUAA